GUUAGUUCAACUGAAGAAAGUACUAUGAAGCAGCUUUGAUCAAUCUCUCUGCAAUGACGGAAGAAUUAGCUCACUGUUCCCACUGGAUAAAGGAUCAACAAGACAGCAUUUCCUUGAUACUGUGAGGUCAUACAGAGGUUGCACAGAGAGAAAGGAGUCGAGUUUCAUAACUACCAGCAGAUUAUCCAAAAAAAGCUCCCACUCCGAGAAGAUCACUGACUAACUUGUGCUGUCUGUGUUGAUACACUUCUGGAACACUGGAAAUGCUAAAAGGUCACAACUUGCUUUGGAAUGCAAUGUAGCGGAAAUAUUUGUAUUAAAAAUCCAGUUAUUACCAGAAACUUUGAAUUCUUGACUUCCGAAUGGAAAAUGAUUGACAAAACAGAUUCUAAACAAACAGAUAACUCAGCCAUCUCCCAGGAUUCUACUACUGAUCGACUGCUUGAUAUUUCAAAUAAGGUUUUGCCACAAACGUUUGAAAACUUUCCAGAUGCAAGAAGACUUAAAAUAAAUACAUUAUCUUCAAAAACGUGUCAUGCACAGGAGGUGAUUGCACUUAAAUGUCCAACAUCUAUACUGAGGAGGAAAUCCAAAAUGACGCAAAAUGCAGAUGGUUAUGUUUCUCACAGAACAAGAACUGAAAGAAGAGUUCGAUUUCGAGAAUUGGAUGAGAUAAUUUUUGACACUGACAGCUAUAAUUCCCAUUUGCCGGCAAUGCUUCGUAAAUUAUUGAUCAUUGUUUUGCUGAGUCUGGUGAUCGUAUUGCUCUAUCGUAGCAAGACAGCAACAGUUAUCUACAAACAGCUUCAGUCAAAACUCAACAAUGUUUUCAUGGAAAUGAAGAAUCUGACUUUCAGCUGGUUGACUCAGAGUAGGAAAAAUUAAGAUAUUCAUGAAUGACAUUGGCAUCAGAGAAACCUUGUUUGAAAGGAUUCUUAAUGAUCUUCGACUACAAAUACAAAGAUGUCUACUGUAAGCAACCAUUGAACAACAAUUGGCAGUAGCUUGAAAGUUUCAACCACAGGAGAAAAUAAUAAUGAGCAAAAUACCACCUUGAAGCAAAAAUAAUGAACUUCAAAAGUGCUGCUUUAAAUUGCUUUUGUUAUCAAAAUUUUGUGAUUCGUUUGAAUAUCAAUCCAUUAGCUAUGUUCAGCAUUAUAAAUUGAGUUAACUACACUGGUAAGCAAUAGCUUCAUUGAAAACAGUGACUUGAAGUAAAGACCUUUCAUUACAAUAUAUGGAGAGAUGGAAGGUUCCUACCUGCCUGCUUACCAAACAGUCAGCAGCAAGUUAUUGCCUCACUCACUUUAUUGCAACCAUUUGAAUUGGGUUGGCAAAAAAAGUUUAUUUGUAAUCGGUUCUUUUCAAUGUUAGUUUCAAAUUUCUAUCUAAAAAUCGAAGUUAUUCUUCCCACUCCAACCAAUUUGUACUACUGCUGCAAAUCCAAAGAUUAUUCAUUUUGUCCUUUAUGAAACGUUCUAACUCACAUUGACUACCGUUCCAGCUUUGUGCCCUAAGUAAUCAGAUUCACUGAUUUUCUUAACAUUCAAAAUGUAGAUUACUCUUGAAUGUAGAGGAACUUCAAUGGUGGGAAUUACUGAAAACAACACAAGGCACAAUAUAAACAACAAAUAAAUAUUGCAGGAGCUGAAAAUCAGAAACUGAAACAGAAAAUGCUGGAAAUGUUUUGUAGGUUGGGCAGUUUCUGUGGAGAGAAAAUGGAUGAGAUCUUUAAUUGUUCAAACUGACCCACUUCCACAGUUCAAAUGUUGCCCAAAGCUUCAGGUCAAUGAUCUUUGGUCAAGACUAGAAAGUUUAAUGUUUUAAUAUUUUUUUCAGUUAGUACAAAGCCAAGGGAAGUGGUGAUGGAAAUUUGGGGCGUGUGUAAGGGUUGGGAGAGGGGGAGUGUGGAGAGGAAGGAAACAAAAAAGAAGGUAGAAGUUAUUGAGAGAUUAAUAUAAGAGCAAAGUCUGGCAGAAAAUGCUUGAAAACCAAGCAGGGCUGGCAGUACCUACAAACAGAGUUAAUGUUUCAGAUCAACCUUUGUCAGAUUUCCAACAUUUUCCAUUUUUAUUAAUGAUUAAUUGACAACAGAGUGAUUGUGCAAGGUAAAAGUUGGGGGGUAUGUGGUGGUGGAAAAUGAGACAAAUAAAGAAACUAAAACAGAAAUUGAUGGAAAAACUCAUUAGCUCUGGCAGCAUCUGUAGAGAGAAAGCAGAGUUAACGUUUCAGGUCCAGUGAUCCUUGUUCAGGUUCUGAACCGAAAACAUCAACACUAUUUUAUCUUCGCAGAUGCUGCCAGAUCUACUGAAUUUCUCCAGCA